AUGUCAGUUAGAAUUACGGAUAAGAUUGGGACGCUCUCUGAAGAUGAGCCGUUCUUCUCGUUCGAGUUUUUCCCUCCUAAAACUGAACAUGGUACGAGAAACUUAUAUGCUCGUUUGGGCCGUAUGUCCCUUAUGGGUCCUUUAUUCGUUACAGUUACGUGGGGUGCCGGUGGAACUACACUAAGAAAGAGUAUGGACUUGGCAAUUACGUGUCAGAAAGAAUUGGGGCUUACUACCUGCUUACACCUAACAUGUACCAACACUACCAAGAAGGUCAUCGAUGACACAUUAAGGAAGGCCAAGGAGAACGGCAUUUGUAAUAUCUUGGCACUUCGUGGAGAUCCUCCACGGGGCAGCAGUUUGAGUCAUGACUGUGGAGAUUUCGAACAUGCAGUGGAUUUGGUUAGGUACAUUAGACAGCAGUAUGGAGACUAUUUCUGUAUUGGUGUGGCCGGCUACCCCGAGGGUCAUGCAGAUGGUUUCUAUGACCAAUCACAGAACCCAACAAAGGAUAUGCCCUACUUGGUUGAUAAAAUUAACGCAGGUGCCGAUUUUGUUAUGACUCAAUUGUUCUUUGAUGUAGAUAGCUACUUAAAGUUUGACAAGUUGCUUCGUUCACAGAGUGAUCUCGUCAAUAAGAGAAUCACCGUGAUACCGGGAUUGAUGCCCAUUAACAGUUACAACGUUUUCCAAAGAGCCACCAAACUUUCCCAUGCAAGUAUACCUGAUUCUGUAUUGGAUAGAUUCCCUGAAGAUAUUCAGGUUGAUGACGAUAAGGUGAAGGAAAUCGGAGUUACUAUUAUCAACGAGAUGAUCGCUGAAAUACACGAAAAGACUGGUGGCAAAACCAAAGGAUUCCAUUUUUAUACACUGAAUUUAGAGAAGUCUAUCGCUCAGAUUGUGAAUCAGUCGUCGAUUUUGAAUAAGGUUGUGGAGAAGAAGGAGAAAGAAGUUGAAGAAUGCGUCAGCGAAUCUUCUGAUGAAGAUAUAGAUGAUAGUACAACUACAGCAAAACGUGCUGCAUACAUGAGUCGGUUCAAACAGCCAACAAAUCAGAUUAUUGUGGAUUCCAAGAAGAAUCCGGUCAAGUCCGCCAAAAUGGGUACUCCAGCACGUCGUAGAUCGUCUUCUUCUCAAUUCCGGAAGAUCAUGUCGAUUUCCUCGGGCCAUGGCACUAUGGGUAAAGAUGCAACAUGGGAUGACCAUCCUAACGGAAGGUUUGGUGAUACCAGAUCCCCGGCCUACGGUGCCUCAGUUUAUGGACCUUCUCUAAGUGUGACCUCGAAGAAGGCUUACGAGUUGUGGGGACAUCCAACAAGUUUGGAUGACAUUUCUCAAGUGUUCGUGAAUUAUUUGAGUCGGAAAGUCGACUCUAUACCUUGGAACGAGAUGAGUAUAAGUCCAGAAACUGCAUUGAUUCAGGAACAGUUGAUCCAGUUGAACAAACAUCAUAGAUUUACCAUGUCUUCUCAACCUGCCAGCAACUGCUCAAAAUCCAACGAUAAAAUAUUUGGAUGGGGACCUGCACAUGGAUACGUUUACCAGAAGGCUUAUGUGGAGAUGUUUAUAAGCAAAGAAGACUGGGAAAAGAGACUAGUGCCAAAAUUGAAGGUCAAUCCGAAUAUUAGCUACUAUGUGGCCGACAACAAGGACUAUUUUGAAUCGAGCAUGAAGCCUCAGGAUACUAACUGUAUCACAUGGGGUGUUUUUCCUGAUCGACAGAUCGUCCAGACUACUAUCGUGGGUGAAGAUUCCUUUAGAGCAUGGAAAGAAGAAGGAUUCGAGAUCUGGAGAGAAUGGAUGCUGUUGUAUCUCAAGGGAUCGCCUUCGGCAAACCUUAUUCAAAAGGUUUUAGAUACCUACGUCUUAACUACGAUUGUCCAUCAUGAUUACCCAGACGUUGGAGCAUUGUGGGAUCUAUUGUUGGAUGAAGAUUGA